AUGGGUUGCUGCGCGAAGUGUUGCGCGUGCGCCAUCUUGACGCAACUCGCCGUCUUGCUCUUGAUCAUUCCUGUGGCGUAUUUCUCCUACGACUACUACCUCAAACCUUGGGCCGAGGACCACUACGAUGAAGCUGUGGCCGCCGCGCAAACGGUGGCUUCUCGCGCUGCCAGUGCCGCUGGGGACGUCGACACGUCUGGGAUCUCGUGCGGCGAUUGCUUGGGCGUGAACCUGGAAUACCCCAUAUCGGGGCUCAACACGGACUACUCGUCCUUCCAAAUCUCGGUAAUGAAUGACGCUGGGAAUUAUUUGACGGCAAUCACAUCUUCAGGCGUGGCGAUAGCGGGGGUUGCAGCGAUCGGUACUACGAUGGUAGGA